AUGGCCUCCAACGCCCUUCUCGACUCGCUGCGAAGCGCAAACCUCCUCCCCUCCAAGGUCAUCCCAGAAACCUUCACCCCCACCUUCAACCUCACUGUCAAAUUCCCCUCCAUAUCACCAGAACACGGAAGCUUCGCACGCGUCAGCCAAGUCAAAGAGCAACCCAUCAUCUCCAUUACAUCCACAACUCCCGAUGCGUCAGCCCAAUCCUUCACAUUCCUGCUCAUCGACCCGGAUGCGCCCACGCCCGAUGACCCCAAGUUCAGCUACUGGCGCCACUGGGUCGUGACCAACAUUCCUUCCCCUUCUUCCUUGACGUCGGAUAUCAUCCAAUCUGGACGCACGUUGACGCAGUACCUUGCUCCUGGGCCCAAGGAUGAGAGCGGUCCGCAUCGGUACUUGUUUCUUCUUUUCAAAGAGCCUGGGGGUUUGAAGUUGGAAAAGGCGGAUGUGGGGGGAGAGGAAUUUGUGGAUAGGAGGAGUUUCCCUGCCGCGGAGUUUGUUGCUAAGCAUGGCUUGGAGUUGGUAGGGUUGCAGUGGAUGAGGGGCGUUGGGGAUGGGUGGAAGGAGAAGAAAGACGAGUUGUGA